AUGGGAAAGAAGACAUCUCGUUCGACCACUAAGGUCGGCUCGGCCGCAUCACCAGCCGCAGGCCUCUCACAAUCUGGCAGUAAAUCGUCGAUUCUUCGAGCUGCGUUUUCCCCGUCUGAGUACCAAUUGGCCCUCUUCGCCUCGGUCAUCCAGGGCCUUGAUGCGCAGCAUCUCCGCAUUCACGAUACGAAUACCGGCCGACUGCAGUGCGAGCACGCCCUGGGACCGAAGGAGAUCGUCACUUCAUUGGACUGGGGAUACUAUAAUGGCCAAGGAAAGAACCGCGACCUGUCGAAGAAGAAGCGCAAGCGUGGGUCCGAUGUAAAUGGCAGCGUUGAUGGACUCGAGGGAGAGCUUGUUGUUGCAUUCGGCACCAGCACUUCGGAUAUCCGGAUGUACUCUCCAUCGGAGGACAAGAUCAUUGGUACUUUGUCUGGCGUGCAUGAGAAGGGUAUCAAGGACUUCAAGUUUACCGCUGGGCAGCCUGGCCAAGAGGCCUGGAGUAUUGGUGGUGAUAACAAGCUCGUGCAGUGGGAUUUGCGCACUGGAAAGAGCUUAAAGACAAUUCACCUCCCUUCGUCCUCUAUCUUUUCAGCUCUAUCCCGCCCUGUCGCCUCCGACCAAUCUGUUAUUUGCGCCUCACAGACCCCUGUCUUAAUAAAUGUAGAGAACUCCGAGGACGAGCCUGUCAACUUCCCAGCUAUGCGUAACCAGAUCUACAGUGUCGUCACAUCUUCCACCGAGCCUGCUGGCACAAGCUCAUUUCUCGCAUGCGAUGGAGAGCGAUUCAUUAAUGUUUUCGAUGCAUCAAGCCAAAAGUUGGUGCGAAACCUUGUGGCGGAGCAGGAUGUUUCCUCGGUUUCCUUGAACUCCGCAACACCGGAGAAGCAGGUCCUCGCCGCAGUCACGGAGGAUGGCACAGUUGAAUUUUUCACAAAGCCUUUUGCCCAACCACAAAGUGCGCAGUCUGGCAGCGCCAAGGCCAAUCGCAAGCAGAUGACGCAGAAAGCUAAUGCUUCCCUCAAGGUUCUCCGCGGCGAGUCUUCAAGCGCAUGUGUUCCUGUUGUAUCCACUUCCUUCCAAGGCCAGGAUAUUGUGGUCGCUUACGCUGAGGGUGGUGUUAUCCCCGUUUUUGAGCGGGUCAAGUGCUUCAACGAGGAUACCGAGGAGCUUGCAUUUGCUGGAACCAAGGCAGUCACAAAAACCAAAUCCAGCUCAGCAAUCGCAUCUGCGUCAUCAAAUGGUGCCAAGAAGGCUGAUGAAAGCCGGGUUGACGAGUCCCACGCUGUUGUGGAGUCCGGCAACAUUGUCGAUGACGAUGUCGAGAUGAACGAUACCCAGGAUGCUGUUUCUGUGUCUGGCGAUGAGGACUCCGACGUCGAAGAUACCGUUAAGCCAACAGUGACCGAAAAGAAGGCCAAGUCCUCCAAGAAAGCGACUACCCCAGCUGAUGAAGACGUUGAGAUGCAGAGCGCAGAAUCAGAUGACGAGGAGGAGGAAGAAGAAGAAGACGACGGCGUGGAGCCUUCCUUCGGCGAGCUUCUGCGCGCUAAAGCUGGCGGCGAAGUUGAUGUUGAGGCCGAGUUGGAUGAUGACCUUAACCUUGGCACCCUUGUCCCCGGCAAGCCUACCGCCGCUGUCCAACAGAUUCCUACCGGCGUCUCGUUAUCUACUGUCCUCACUCAAUCCCUCAAGACAAAUGACAACGGCAUGCUCGAGUCUUGUUUCCACACUACCGAUAUCUCUAUCAUCCGUACUACCAUCCAACGUCUUGAGUCCUCUCUUGCUGCUACCUUACUCCAGAAGCUUGCUGAGCGCCUGUCUUCUCGCCCCGGUCGCUAUGGCCACCUUCUCGCCUGGGUGCAAUGGGUCUGUGUUGCCCACGGUGGUGCCCUUGCCGGACACCCUGAGUUACUGAAGCGCAUGUCUACUCUUUAUAAGGUCAUGGACCAACGGUCCUCCAGCCUUUCAUCCCUCCUUUUGCUGAAGGGUAAGCUUGAUAUGCUUGAGGCUCAACUUGGUCUGCGCCGAGACAUCCAUGGUGGCGGCGAUGGCAUGGACAGUGAAGAUGAGGAGAACGUCAUCUAUGUUGAGGGUCAGGAAGAUUCCGACAGCGAAGCUGAAGCCGAGACUAAGCCCCGCAAGUCCAUUCGUGAACAGGCAUUUGAUGAAGAUGAGUCAAUGAUGAAUGGUGUUGGAGGCGAGUCAGAGGAUGACGAGGAUGACAGCGAGGGCGAUGACGAGGAAGACGAUGACGAAGGCAUUCUGGACAUCGAGGCCGAGGAGUCUGCUGGGUCUUCUGAUGCAGAGGAAUCCGAGGAGGAGGACGUAGAGAUUGACUCAGAUGAUGUGAGCCAGGGCUCGCUGGCAGAUUUCGUUGCCGAUACCGAAGAUGAAGAGUCGGAUGAUGCUAUGGCGCAAGCUCCCCCUCCUAAAAAGAGCAAGACGGCUGGCAAGAAGGGGAAGGGUGGAAAGAAAUGA